AUGAACGAGACCACGGUCUCGCUGGGGCUGACGAGGGCUUCGCCCCCCUCUGCGGCGUCCGCACGCCGCCCCCUGGCGGGGCGCUUCCCGCCUGCGCCCUCUGCGGGGGCGGGCGGGCGUCAGCCGAGCGUGUGCUGCAGCCCGCCGCGCUGCAGCAGCUCGGUCCUGCUGUCGUUGUGCAGGUCGGCCAACUGCACCGAGUCCAGGGUCCUGCGGCGCUCGGUGCUGUGCCAUACGCCGUACGUCACG